AUGUCAGUGACUUAUGAUUCGUCGGCCACCUUGGUGAACGCUACUUGGGUGGCUGUUCUCCUAAGUGAACGUGAUGUCGCCGGGCAAAUCCCACUCAACUUCGUCACGAACCCCGCGGUGUCGCUAUCGGCUGCCUGCUUUGGAAAUGGCAUAUAUGAUAAAUCUGCCGCGACGGAAUGUUUCUCGAACUUGCUAGCAAUCGGAUACCGGCGCCUUCAUCUCGACCUGUACUGGUCGCCGGACCGCAGAAAAUGGUCCUUCUGUCCGGUCACUGUUCCAACGAAGGCCGACGUGAUAGUGUCUUCGGAGACAUCUACUGUGAGUAGUACCUCACAAACUUCGACCAUCACUACUGCGGCUACGACUUCGACGGUUGCUGCACAGCCCGCAACCAUCACUGCCUUCGACGAUUCACAUGGAAAUACCCUCUAUGAGCUAGGUCCGUAUAGAUGCACAAACGAUCUGGAUCCGUACACAUUGGCCGAGAUACUUGCGGGCUACUUCUCGGAGACCAAUGCACGACUAACCGUAUAUACGACGUAUCUUGCUCUCAAUCUUCAUGUCGCCGCCAGUGACUCGGCACCGGACUAUCCGGCUUCUGCCGUCACUGGAGAUCAGUUGCCAUCAGAAGAUGAGCGAAUCGGCCGGAUACUUGGAAUUGCCCUGGAAGACUUUCUAUACAGCCCUGUCCAACUGGAGGCAGACCGAAGCAACUUGAAUGAGUCUUGGUAUAAGGUCGAACAGAGCUAUAUGCCAAUUACCGAGUACUUCACUAUUCAUGAGAAUGAAUCAGGCGACCAAAGCACUCCUGACGGCUGGCCGUCAUCAAAGUAUAUUCAGCUGGCGAAACGUGACCGAGUACUUAUUGAAUAUGGCUCGGUAGAUCCUCAGCUGGCGGACUACGACUUAUCUUUGGAUGAAGAUUCGAUCUUCCCUCCUGGAUAUCUGACAUCUGCAGUGAAUGUCUCUGCAACAAACAACGGCACCCUCACAUCAGGCUGUCUAUAUGAACCGAAAGCUACAGCCAUUUCUCAGGCCAAUUCGUCAUGGGCAAUGUCCGAUGGCAUACCUAUCCCGGACGGGCUUCCCAUAUACGAUACAAUGGCGUCUAUAUCAAACGCUCUGUCCGAUAUAACAUCUUGUGGAAUGUCACCGAUACUCAAUACCACUCUAUUUGGCGAGACUGCCGACACCAAUGUUGAACACUACCGCAAUGUCUCUCUUUCGACGUCGUGGGCCUGGGCUUUGGGAGAGCCUCGCGAUGCCACUUAUGGCGGAGGCGAGGGUGUUACAAAAUAUGAUCGCUGUGCCAUUAUGGAUCUCACAUUGGACGGCAAAUGGCGGUCUACAAACUGCACUGAGCAGCGACGCGGUGCCUGCCGAAUUGGAAACUCCCCCUUCUCCUGGGUUCUAUCGGACCAAUCUGCAUAUUUUUCUAAUGUCUCUGAGACAUGUCCAGAAGGAGCGAGCUUUGCUGUACCUCGCACAGGUCUUGAAAGCAAAUACCUUCACAAGCACCUCCUUUCUUUGCCCGAGACAGAUAUUAAUCCCUCCUCUACAGACGCCACUCUGCGCGAAGUCUAUCUCGACUUCAAUUCAAUUGAUGUUACUUCGUGUUGGGUUUCCGGUGGCCCCAAGGCCGUUUGUCCCUAUGCCUCCAAUCCGCAGCAAAUUGAACGAAAAACUGUGCUUGUUGCUGCGAUUGCUGGUAUCAUCAUUCUCAUCAUCGCAGCCUUGACUAUCUUUGUUAAGUGCAAUGCCAAUCGUCGGAAUUCACGGCGCGGGAAACGUGUUAUUGAAGGCUGGGAAUACGAGGGUGUCCCCUCGUAA